AAUUCACUUCUACAAAAUAUAAAGUCUCUCCCACAGUGUAAACUCUUCCUCCACAAAUUUUAAAGGAAGACAAAAUGAUUUGGUGGUUUAUCGUUGGUGCAUCCUUUUUCUUUGCAUUUAUACUCAUUGCAAAGGACACGAGAACAACAAAAAAGAAUCUACCUCCAGGACCACCAAGACUUCCUAUAAUUGGAAACUUGCACCAAUUGGGAUCAAAACCUCAGCGUUCACUAUUCAAAUUAUCUGAAAAGUAUGGAUCUCUAAUGUCUCUAAAGUUUGGAAAUGUGUCUGCUGUUGUGGCAUCAACUCCAGAGACGGUGAAGGAUGUCUUAAAAACAUUCGACGCAGAGUGUUGUUCCCGACCUUAUAUGACUUAUCCCGCAAGAGUUACAUACAAUUUUAACGAUCUCGCAUUUUCGCCCUAUAGCAAAUAUUGGAGGGAAGUACGAAAGAUGACGGUCAUUGAGCUAUACACCGCGAAAAGGGUCAAAUCGUUUCAAAAUGUAAGACAAGAAGAAGUUGCCUCAUUCGUUGAUUUCAUCAAACAACAUGCUUCAUUGGAGAAAACAGUUAAUAUGAAACAGAAGUUAGUGAAACUCUCUGGGAGUGUGAUUUGUAAAGUUGGAUUUGGCAUAAGUCUUGAAUGGAGCAAACUUGCGAAUACUUAUGAGGAAGUCAUUCAAGGAACCAUGGAGGUGGUGGGGCGUUUCGCAGCAGCGGAUUACUUCCCGAUUAUUGGUAGAAUCAUCGAUAGGAUCACGGGGUUACAUAGCAAAUGUGAGAAGGUUUUUAAGGAAAUGGAUUCGUUUUUUGAUCAAUCUAUAAAGCAUCACCUAGAAGAUACUAAUAUCAAAGACGAUAUCAUUGGUUUGCUACUAAAGAUGGAAAAGGGAGAGACAGGACUUGGAGAGUUUCAACUUACACGAAACCACACUAAAGGAAUUCUUCUAAACGUUCUUAUCGCUGGAGUGGACACUUCUGGCCACACUGUGACAUGGGUGAUGACACAUUUGAUUAAAAACCCAAGAGUUAUGAAGAAAGCGCAAGCCGAGGUAAGAGAAGUGAUCAAAAACAAAGAUGAUAUCACAGAAGAAGAUAUAGAACGACUCGAAUAUUUGAAAAUGGUGAUUAAAGAAACAUUAAGGAUCAACCCACUUGUGCCACUUCUGAUUCCAAGAGAGGCUUCAAAAUAUAUAAAGAUUGGAGGUUACGACAUUCCAAAGAAAACAUGGAUUUAUGUCAACAUAUGGGCUGUUCAAAGGAAUCCAAAUGUUUGGAAAGAUCCAGAAGUUUUCAUCCCAGAGAGGUUUAUGCAUAGCGAGAUUGACUAUAAAGGUGUAGACUUUGAGUUGCUGCCGUUUGGUAGCGGAAGGAGAAUGUGCCCUGGUAUGGGAUUAGGUAUGGCAUUGGUACACUUGACUCUUAUCAAUCUUCUUUACCGUUUCGACUGGAAGCUUCCGGAAGGAAUGAACAUAGAAGAUGUUGAUCUUGAAGAAUCAUAUGGACUUGUUUGUCCCAAGAAAGUUCCACUUCAACUUAUCCCAGUCCUUACCCAAUGGACUUGA